CUCACUCACUCACUCACUCACUCACCUUCACACUUACUCUCACUCGCACUCUCACUCUCACAGACGCCGCGCAAUUUCCCUCCAGGGGUCGCCCGGCUCUCCACCACCUCUCCGAUUCAAGAUUGCAACUCUGCUCUUUGUCUCUCUCUCUCUCUCUCUCUCCCCUCUUCCCUCGCCUGGACGGAGAAGAGAGAUAUAUUGCGACGCCCCGAAAGACACUGCCGUCUUUGUCGUUGGUCGUCGGUCGCCGUCAACGUCUUCCGUGUUCCUUCGUCGUCUUGGUCGGUUUGCCGAGUAUGCUUCGCGAUUGUUCCCCUCCAAAAGGAGCCCCAACAGAGCAAAUAGCAGGGGUGGGAAGGGAUAGGACAAUGAUUAAAUACCAGCACACAAAAGAAACCCCAGAUUGAUCGAUUGCAAACACUCCCCCCUUCGGUGGCCGAACGACACCCGGACCCCCCUUCUUCCCACCGGAUGCACGACGCUUGCUGCACCCGCGAAAACCCAACAGACGGCGCCGGUCAAAUGACAGCCCGCCGUCCCCUCGUCCCGUCUCUCCUCUCUGACAGUCGGCCUGUCGUCUGCGCUUCACCACGCCGGUCUGAUGUUUCGGAUCCGCUGCCGAGGAGGAGCGCGGGGCUGGGUGUGUGGUUGAGGGUUGAGUAUGCUUAUCGCUGGCUGCGUGACCCCUCCCUCCCACUCUGUUGUGGCUGCGAAUUCUCGGUGGGCUUUUGCUUUGCUUCGCUUCGUUCUGUACGGGAUAGUUUUCCCCUUCCCCUUCCCUCACGCAUGAAUCUGUGUUGCUGCUUGCUUCGGACGUUUCGACGCCGUGACCGUUCGCGGGUCCGAGUGCGCCUGUCGGAGGGUGUGUGGGGUGGGACCCCUUGGCUUCCUCGUCUAUCGUAUUUCGUCUUUCGUCCUUGGACGUCUUGGGACGUCUUUCAGGCCGUUUCUGGUGCCCCCGUUGUACAGACAGAAUUUCCUGGUGGUCCUAGAUAUUCCAGGUCGUGUUCGAGUUCGGGCAGUGGGGUUUACAGGGGUUGUCCGGUGGUUGAUAUGGCCAACUGCACCAGCGCCUUUCGUGUUCAAAGACUGGCAGGCAGACAGACAGGAGGAGAGGCUGGCUCUGUAUCUGCUGACGCAGGAGAUUUAUGGUAACACAGUUGGAAUGGUCGUAUGCUGCCGCCAAGUUCCUUGCCCGACGUACC